AUGGCUAGGUUGAGUUUCAAUUGCACAAACAACAUAGCUGAGUAUGAGGCGUUCGCCCUUGGGAUCCAAGCGGCAAUUGACUUCAAGGUCAAGUUGCUCAAGGUAUAUGGGGACUCGGCCUUGGUAAUCCACCAGUUGAGAGGGGAAUGGGAGACCAGGGAUCAUAAGUUGGUACCCUACCAGGCCUACAUCAGGAAAUUGAUAGAAUUCUUUGAUGUAAUAUCCUUUCAUCACAUUCCUAGAGAGGAGAAUCAGAUGGCCGAUGCCCUUGCCACUCUAGCGUCCAUGUUCCAACUAACCCUGCACGGGGAUUUGCCAUACAUCGAAUUCAGAUGUCGUGCCAAGCCUACACAUUGUUGUGUGAUAAAAAAGGAGCAGGAUGUUAAACCUUGGUACUUUGAUAUCAAGCGAUACAUCGUAGACAAGGAAUACCCACAAGAAGCCUCUCACAACGACAAGAGAACGUUGCGAAGAUUGGCAGCCGACUUUUUCCUAAGUGGGAAUAUCUUGUACAAGAGGAACCAUGAUAUGGUUUUGCUUCGAUGUGUGGAUGCCAGAGAGGUUGAGCAAAUGCUGGUAGAGGUGCAUGAGGGAUCCUUUGGAACCAUGCCAAUGGACAUGCCAUGGCCCUGA